AUGGGCGGGGGGCCAUCCGCCGGGCUUUGGCCACCCAGCAAACAUGUUCUCAAUGUGUGUUUCCUAAACGGAGGUGAAUACGAACGGAACACGGUCAAAUCCUUGGUCAAAACACACUACAAUUCCAUUCCCAUGCGACUUCGGUUCAAGUUCAUAUCAGCACAGGACAUAAGCUCUUCCGACAUUCGUGUUACAUUUGCAGACCAUUCCAAAGCCUAUGUCGGAUGCCAGGCUCAGAACUUCCCAGGUCAGCCCACACUAUGGCUCAAUAUGCAACCUAGGUUGUCGACACAGGAUGCGGUUCAGUGCAAAGUGCAAGCCGAUGUGCUCCACGAAUUCGGGCACGCAUUAGGUCUGGUCCACGAGCAUAAACACCCACAGUGCAAAGCAAAGUGGAACUACGGCCGGCUCAUGGACAGGAGUGGCUGGCAGCUGGACAUGGUGCGGCGCAAUUAUGACGAUGAUACGUAUAGCGCCAUCAAUACAAAGUGGAACAGGGCUUACGACCCAAAGUCAAUCAUGCACUACGCUAUCGCAAGAGGGGAUACGCAGAGCGGGGUGAGGGAUGUCCCUGAGAACAUUUUGCUAUCCGACAUCGACAAGCAAACGUUGUCGCUUCUCUACCCAUCUGCUGCUGUGGUGAAGAAACCCUCCAAGGUGUCUCAAGAGCUCACCAAGAAACAUGAAUCGGAGAAGAAGAAAGAGAAGAAAAAGUCCAAAGUCUCGACAAAAAGUGAAAAGAAGGAGAAGGAGGUGCAUGUCAAGAAGGUGAAGUCCCCGCAAAAAAUUUACAUUCACGGAAACGACUCUGCCGUGGUUUGCGGGGGCCAUGUGGAGGUGAGUGGUAAUGGGAGUGCAACAAUCCACGGCGGCGGACAAGUCGUCGUGUCCGGUAAUGGCGAUGCUAUUGUCUAUAGCGAUAGCACAGUCUGGGCCAGCGGAAACGCCGAUGUCUAUGUCAAGGGUGGUGGCUCUGCAAGGGUAAGUGGAAACGCGACGGUGAUAUUCACAGGCGAGGCUACAGGAGAAGUCACUGGAAAUGGUACUCUUCGUUGGAAAGUCUGA